AUGAACACCAUGGAAUCAAAGCGGAAUGCCCCGCACACGCAGAUGAGGGGGACUCGGGCGCCCAUCCCUUACGUCUGCAUCGUGUCUGGUGACGGCAUGGAGUUCGUUCUCCCAGAGGCCGCUGCGCGCCAAAGCAAGAUGAUCUCUUCGCUGCUGGACGCCGUGUACGGCCUCCCCAACCGCGGUGGCUUCGGGGAUCAGCAUCAGGCUAACGUUCCUCAAGGUGUCUACGCAUCCAACAAAAUCGACGUAAUGCCGAGGAUCCCACUGCAGCCCAUCACCGGUCGUACCCUCCAGCUGGUUUGCAGCUAUUUCAUGCAGCGUAGCACGGGCGAUAUCAACUCCACUGAAGAAUUUCUCCUCCUUAGCGAACUGAACCCAGCCUCUGAUGAGGACCAAGACACCGUUGCUGAGUUACUGCUGGCUGCUGACUUCCUGGACUGCUAG